GUCGCCCGGCCGCAGUGCAUGCCGGGUAAGAGGAAGACUUCCAGAAGCUCCGCGCGCAGCGCGGCUGUGUUUUGCGGCCUGUGCGACCUGUGCGAAAAGGCGCUUUCAAACCAGUCUCCCGGCGAGUGGCGCGCAGAAACCUCGGACUGGUCGAGUCCCCUCGUAACCUGGAGCCCGGAAGGCCGCCAAGAAAGUACCGCUUCAUUAGCGGCUGGAGUCUAUCCUGAACUUAGAUCGUGUACAUUUUGGGAACUUAUUUUAGAAAAGAUCUAAGUUUUAAAAAUUCUCAAUGGACAGACAGAGAAAAGAGGGUCUUUGCCAACUCCUUUGGACCACUGCAGUCAGAAUGUCUUUUCCCCCUCAUCUAAAUCGCCCUCCCAUGGGAAUCCCAGCACUCCCGCCAGGGAUCCCACCCCCACAGUUUCCUGGCUUUCCUCCACCUGUACCUCCAGGGACCCCAAUGAUUCCUGUACCAAUGAGCAUUAUGGCUCCCGCUCCAACUGUCUUAGUACCCACUGUGUCCAUGGUUGGAAAGCAUUUGGGAGCAAGAAAGGAUCAUCCAGGCUUAAAGACUAAAGAAAAUGAUGAAAAUUGUGGUCCUACUACUACAGUUUUUGUUGGCAACAUUUCUGAAAAAGCCUCAGAUAUGCUUAUAAGACAGCUCCUCGCUAAAUGUGGUUUGGUUUUGAGCUGGAAGAGAGUACAAGGUGCAUCUGGAAAACUUCAAGCCUUUGGAUUCUGUGAGUAUAAGGAGCCUGAGUCUACCCUCCGUGCACUCAGGUUAUUACAUGAUCUGCAGAUUGGAGAGAAGAAGCUACUUGUUAAAGUUGAUGCAAAGACAAAAGCACAACUGGAUGAAUGGAAAGCAAAGAAGAAAGCUUCUAAUGGGAAUGCCAGGCCAGAAACUGUCACUAAUGAUGACGAGGAAGCCUUAGAUGAAGAAACAAAGAGAAGAGAUCAGAUGAUCAAAGGGGCCAUUGAAGUUUUAAUACGGGAAUACUCCAGUGAGCUCAAUGCCCCCUCACAAGAAUCUGACUCUCACCCUAGGAAGAAGAAGAAGGAAAAGAAGGAGGACAUAUUUCGCAGAUUUCCAGUGGCCCCACUGAUCCCUUACCCACUCAUCACUAAGGAGGAUAUAAAUGCUAUAGAAAUGGAAGAGGACAAAAGAGACCUGAUAUCCCGAGAGAUCAGCAAAUUCAGAGACACACACAAGAAACUGGAAGAAGAGAAAGGCAAAAAAGAAAAAGAAAGACAGGAAAUUGAGAAAGAACGGAGAGAAAGAGAGAGGGAGCGUGAAAGGGAACGAGAAAGGCGAGAACGGGAACGAGAAAGGGAAAGAGAACGUGAACGAGAAAAGGAGAAGGAACGGGAGCGGGAACGAGAACGAGAUAGGGAUCGAGACCGGACAAAAGAGAGAGAUCGCGAUCGGGAUCGAGAGAGAGAGCGUGACCGCGAUCGGGAAAGGAGCUCAGAUCGGAAUAAGGACAGGAGUCGAUCAAGAGAAAAGAGCAGAGAUCGUGAAAGGGAACGGGAGCGGGAAAGAGAGAGAGAGAGAGAACGGGAACGAGAAAGAGAACGGGAACGAGAGAGAGAGCGAGAAAGGGAACGGGAGCGAGAGAGAGAGAAAGACAAGAAGCGGGACCGAGAAGAGGAUGAAGAAGAUGCAUAUGAACGAAGAAAACUUGAAAGAAAACUCCGAGAGAAAGAAGCUGCUUAUCAAGAGCGCCUUAAGAAUUGGGAAAUCAGAGAACGGAAGAAAACCCGUGAAUAUGAGAAAGAGGCUGAAAGAGAAGAAGAAAGAAGAAGAGAAAUGGCAAAAGAAGCAAAACGACUGAAAGAAUUCUUAGAAGAUUAUGAUGAUGAUAGAGAUGAUCCCAAAUACUACAGAGGAAGUGCUCUUCAGAAAAGGUUGCGUGAUAGGGAAAAGGAAAUGGAAGCGGAUGAACGGGAUAGGAAAAGAGAGAAAGAAGAGUUAGAGGAAAUCAGGCAGCGUCUUCUGGCAGAAGGACACCCUGAUCCAGAUGCAGAGCUCCAGAGGAUGGAACAAGAGGCAGAGAGGCGCAGACAACCACAAAUAAAGCAAGAACCAGAAUCAGAAGAAGAGGAGGAAGAAAAGCAAGAAAAGGAAGAAAAACGAGAAGAACCCAUGGAAGAGGAGGAAGAGCCAGAACAAAAGCCCUGUCUCAAGCCAACUUUGCGGCCCAUUAGUUCUGCCCCAUCUGUUUCCUCUGCCAGUGGCAAUGCAACUCCCAAUACUCCUGGGGAUGAGUCUCCCUGUGGUAUUAUUAUUCCUCAUGAAAAUUCACCAGAUCAACAACAACCUGAGGAGCAUAGGCCAAAAAUAGGACUAAGUCUUAAACUGGGUGCUUCCAAUAGUCCUGGUCAACCUAAUUCUGUGAAGAGAAAGAAACUUCCUGUAGAUAGCGUCUUUAACAAAUUUGAGGACGAAGACAGUGAUGAUGUACCCCGAAAACGGAAACUGGUUCCCUUGGAUUAUGGUGAAGAUGAUAAAAAUGCUGCCAAGGGCACUGUAAACACUGAAGAAAAACGUAAACACAUAAAGAGUCUGAUUGAGAAAAUCCCUACAGCCAAACCUGAGCUCUUUGCUUAUCCACUGGAUUGGUCUAUUGUGGAUUCUAUGUUGAUGGAACGACGAAUUAGACCAUGGAUUAAUAAGAAAAUCAUAGAAUACAUAGGUGAAGAAGAAGCUACAUUAGUUGAUUUUGUUUGUUCUAAGGUUAUGGCUCAUAGUUCACCUCAGAGCAUUUUAGAUGAUGUUGCCAUGGUACUUGAUGAAGAAGCAGAAGUUUUUAUAGUCAAAAUGUGGAGGUUAUUGAUAUAUGAAACAGAAGCGAAGAAAAUUGGUCUUGUGAAGUAAACAUUUUACAUUUACAGUUCCAUUUCAGAUUUCUUCUUUCCCACCCUUUAAAGGACUUUGGAUUUUUCUUUGUCUUCAAAGACAUUUGUGAGGAUCUGUAAUUUUUUUUUUAUGUAGAAAAUGUGAAUUUUUUUGUCCUCUAAUUUGUUGAUGCUCUGUGUACUCCCUUGGUUGUAAAGACAUCUGAAUCCUACCUUGGUUCUCUUUAUACUCACCAGGUACAAAAUACUGGUAUGUUUUAUAAGCCGCAGCUACUGUACACAGCCUAUCUGAUAUAAUCUUGUUCUGCUGAUUUGUUUCUUGUAAAUAUUAAAAUGACUCCCCAAUUCUUUUGCAGAAUUGCACUUAAUAUUGAUCUAUACUGUACAGGAACCAACAUGAACAAUUUUAAUUGAAAGAAUACCAAUCACACCCUUACCCUUUCCCCUCUUGAUCAGAAAUGACAACCCCUCCUAAAGGCAUGGAACUUAAAAUUAGAUUGCAAAAAUUAGGAGACAAUCCCUUCCUACUGUGUCUUUGUAUGAAUGUGUUUGUGUGAAUGUAUGUGUAAGAGUCUUAAUUUUCCCUACUUUGCUUUGGAGGGCUCCCUUAAACAUUUCCUAGUUGAAGAAUAGAAUUGUAAGGGAAACAUGGUAUUGUGUCAACCCAGUUGUCUGGUAUAAUUGAUUAUUAGUCUCCCAGUGGGUGGUAUACUCUCUUGUGGCAAGCAGCAGUCUGUUGAACAGAAUGGCUUUUUCCUGUUGAUCUGUCUGCUUAAGCCUCUCUUUUAGAGUGUGAGUGAAUCCUAGUGACUUUCACCUCUAAUUGCAUUGUCCGGAAAUGAAGCAGAUCCUUAGAUUCUGGAGAGCUUUAUUUAAUGCAUUUUUGCACUAACUGAUACUUAGUUUAUUUUGGUGUACCCCUUUGUUUAAAAAACAAUCUGAAAAGCAUAAGUGAAAAAAAUCCUUUUUAAAAAUGAAAGGCAAAAUUUAAGUAAUUUUACAGACUAGGAAAGUGUGACAAAUUUAAUAGAAAUUUAGCAUGCCAGUCUGCAAAGUUUACAUCCUAUAUUUGAGGAUAAAGUAAGUCAUUUAAAGCAGUUACCACAAUUUGUGUUUUCACUUAUUUUUUGUAAAGAUUUUAUAUCUUGUGUGUACAUAUCCACACACCUGUUUACCUCUGCUCAUUAAAGUCUAAAAAAUAUAUUGAUGAUCUUCCUAGAGAUAUACAUGGAGCUUUUCUUCAUUGUAGGUCAGAGCUUCACCAGGGAGCAAAAUUAUCUGAAAAUGUAGUAAGUUUUAAACAGUUCUUAACACAAAUUAGGUGCAACCAUUCCCAUGUCUGAAUAUUUAAUUUAAAAGAAAAAUAAAGGUUGGGGUGGGGAGUGUUAAAAAAGUAUAACUGAGCUUGAGUUACUAGAUUUUUUAAAAAUUACAUCUUAAGAGAACAUUUGAAAACACUGUUCUUAACAUUGGGCUAUGACAUGGUUCCAUUAUGUAAAUUAACUUCAGAUAUUAAAAAUGUAUAUAUUUGAUCUUGGGGACUCAUUCUUUCAGAGUCUUGUUAAUAAAUAAAUGGCAUAUAAUUGUGCAGUGCAUACUGGAAACUUGACUUGAAAAGAUGGGCUAAAUUUUUGAUGAACUUGAUGUUUGUAAGUAUUAGUAACUGAAGAUCAAAGAGGCCAUUUGCCAUAUUUUGGAUUAAUCUGUACACCUAUGGAGAUACACCUCUUUUAGUUUUAAUAUUUUCAGUUCUCAAAUUCUCAUUUCUCAAGGGAAAAUUUCAGAAAUAUGUUCCUUGACUUUUACAGAUUUCAUUUACUACCUUUUCUCAGAUUGACUCAAAGCCUAACACCUUGACCAGUUUAUUAUGCCUCUCUAUCUUGCCUUUAUUAUUGCUUCUAAGGCAUUAUAUGAGAUUGUUUUUAUUUAAUAUUAUCAAGGAAAUUUAUUCAGAUGGAUUUAAUUUCCCUUACUCUGGUCUCUCUCCAAGUGCUCUCACUCUGUUUAUCUUAAAGGGCCUUUAUCUGGAACCCUUGGGGCAUACACAUCCAGUGAGAUUUGUGUCAGGACUCCAAAUUCAUUAACAUUUCUGCAGCAGACCGAGAAUGAUCAUAGUCACUGAGUUAAUAGCUUAAUGUCAGUUCAAGUCAGAUUUUGCCACCAAACUUAAAGGUUUUCAGAGUUUGUUUUUUUCAGAUUUGCAUGUUAAUUGGACGUGUAUAAUUGGCAUAUUCUAGUGUUGGGGAUAGUAUAUGGGAACAUUUCUAAUAAAUGGCUUGAGCUUUCUGACCUGUUUUUACCAUUUGCCCAUUGAUUAAUUUCAGUUUGGAAACCUUAAUCUGUAUUGUUCAUUCAAGUUGUUACAAAAUUAAAUGAAAGUCUUGAGAACCAUUCUUGAUCUGGCAGUUAGUAAGUCAAUACAUUUCUUCUUUACUUGGCCCUAUAAACAAAGUAAUUUUAAAUAUGUACAUCUGUCUACAGGAGAAAGUAGUUAUUCUCAAACUUUAAUAUGUACCUGCAUCACCUGGGGAAUGUUGUUAUAAUGCAGAUUGAUUUAGUAGGGCUAGCAUGGGUCCUGAGGUGUUUUCACGUAUCAGCUCCCACGUGAUGCCAGUGCUCACUGAUCCAAGGACUACACUUUGAUUAGCAGUUCAUCUACUUAGUACAAGUUUCCCUCAUAUCAGAUAUAGAGCAUUCCUAUGAAACCUUCUUUAAGCCAAGAUGGCAUAUAGCUGUUAAGUUUAUAUGUAAAAACUUUUGAGUGUUCCCAGACCCUAAGUAUAACCUCUCUUAGACUUUUCUGAUACCUUAGGGAUACAUCUUGCUUACAAAUGCACAAAUAAAUCGAGAUAAAGCACAAAUGCUCACAAUUCAAGGCUAUGGCAGCUUGAUUGAGAUGCUGAGUGUAAUUUCUGGGGGAGGAACUGGGUGGUGCCACUCCUGCAAAAAAAACGCUAAAUGUUAUUUCCACUUUUUGCGUUUUUUCAUAAUAGUGAAAAUCCUCUGGAUUUCAUUUGGCUAGCAAAAACAGGUACUAAUGUAAAUCUUUAGUGAAAGUUAAGUGGUGUAACAAACUUUUGAAAAGUGGAGGAUACCUGUAUUGUACUUAAUUCUAACAGACUACACAAUUGGAGCUUAGUUUUCUUUGUAAGUAGAUUUUAAAGAGAAAAAGUAUUUGGGGGGGGGGUGCAAAUAAACAGAUACACAUUAUGUAUAUUCAUGAACAUAAUCUAAAAAUGAUGCUCAAGAACAGUUCUAAUAUUCUAGGCUUUAUUCCCAGCCAGUUUCAGAACAUUUCCUUAUUAGAGAACUUUGUUGUUAAUUAAAUCUUAAUGUAGUGUCUGAUAAUCUUCAUGUAAUACAGUAGAGGCUAAUAAUUUUGUGGAGAGUGCUGUAUCAGGUUCUAAUCAGGCAGGAAUAGUAGAUAUGGUGAACAAAUUGAGAAAAUGUUAAGCUUGGGAACCAGACUAAACACUAUUAACGUUUUUUCCUCCCUUCAUAUGAAUAAAAAA